UUUUCAAGGGAUGUCAACGAAUUUUUAACGAUUGGACCGUUCCGUAAAAUCGUAGGCUUUUCUGUAUUCCUCAUGCAAAUCCCCGCUCAACGAUCCGGAUUGCACGACAUUUCCGUGCUCAGUGAUGAUGCUGCUGAAUCAAUAGAGGCUGCUGCGUGCACAGCAUCAAGCCUUACUCGAACGGGUGGAAAUGAUCGAGGCGGAAACGCUAUCGCGUGA